AUGCCCACUAUUAUUGGAAAAAAUAGAAAUCGAGUUUUUCGCUUUGUCAUUGACGAAGUAGCAAAACGAUUGGAUGGAUGGAAGUCAAAGUUGCUCUCUAAGGCUGGUAAGGAUAAUCUUAUUUGGAUGGUUGCUCAAACGGUACCAAAUUAUCUUAUGUCUCUGUUUUUAUUGUCACUAGAUGUUUGUCAUAAAAUAGAGAAUAUGAUAAAUUCCUUUUAUUGGGCUAGUCAGAAUCAGCAUGGAGCAUUAGAUGGCAGAGCUGGACCCGUUUAUGUUUUUCUAAGAGCAAGGGGAUUGGGGUACAGGAGAAUACAUAAAUUUAACCUUGCACUUCUUGCAAAGCAAGGAUGGAGGCUUCUUGAUAAUCCAUCUUCACUUGCUGCCAUUGUGUUAAAGGAAAGGUAUUUUCUAGAUUUCACUUUUUGGGAGCCUAAUCUAUCUUAUUUAUGGAGAAGUAUUUUGGGUGCCCGCUAUAUUUUAGUUCAGAGCUGUCAUUGUCAAGUUAAUAAUGGCUUGACAACUUUAGUUUGGAAUCAUCCUUGGCUUCCUAAUACUAGUAAUCCAUGGAUUACGUUGCCAGUUAUGAAUGGACUUGAGGAUUUAACAGUGUCCUCUUUGAUAGUUUCGGAUGUAGGAGUCAUUGUCAAUUUUUUUAAUAAUAGGGAUGAUGUUUUAAUUAAACAAAUUCCAUUAUCUUUAAACUCGAAGCAAGAUAAAUGGGUUCGGUCUUAUAAAAGGAAAACAGUGUAUACAGUUGCUAGUGGAUAUAAGGUUGCAAUUCAAGCAUUAAAUAAUGCUCCUCUUAUGUUUUCCAGGCAGGUAUGGGUAAUGACGAAGAUUGGAGAUAUACAGGGAGGCUUUGAGUUGGUUGGGGAGUUGAUGAUUGAUUUUAAGUUGGUGAAAAGAUCAGCGAUCAGACUGCUCAUUUUGUUGUAA